AUGGUCUGGCACAAGCUCGCGGCCUCGCGGAACGAGGGCAAGGGCUGGGGCGAGGCGGUGGCGAACGCCGUGACCGGACACGAGUCGACCCUUGUGUUCGGGCUCGAUGAACUUCGGGAGGUGUACGAGUGGGAAAUCAAAAGCGGUAACUACCCCACACGGCGAAGAAUACCCGCGCAGAUUGGCGUCCCUCACCGCCUAUUCAACCCCGCUAUUUCCCCUGACAUGCAGCUACGACCUUUAGGACGGCAACAUCCCGGUUUACCACCAUUCCUGCUAGAAGGUAUCGAUAAUGCCACGGUCGGCAUCGGGCCCUCGAGAAAAUACCACGUCAUUGAGCCCAAGAAACCCGACGUUGCAUACCCUCCUCGCCCAAUACUUGGCUCGGCGGUCGACCUUGACAAGGUCCUCCAAUUCUGCGACUUCUCGACCGAUCAGUAUGUUCGCGACUGCUUGCAAGUUAUGCGCAUCGCCGGCGGUCUCGACCACGGCCCACGUCUCCGCCGCGGCAACUUGGACGAAUGGAAAUACAUCUUCUCAGAGAACCGCCCGACCUCAUCGGACAAAUCUUCGACUACCCUCACCAACGCCCGCUCGCCCUGGCUCGACGAUCCGAAGCUCUCGCCCAACCCUCUCGCGAAGUCCAAGCCCCGCCUCAUCGCGGACCUCCCGAAGCGCAUGCUCAUGCACCCCCGAGCAUCUGACCAUGACCUCGACGAGAGCAAGGGCGACUGCGACCCGGAGCGUCCGCGCAUCUUCCACAUCUACUGGUCCGGGCCGUUUACGGACAAGCCCUACAUGACUCUCGUGUCCUAUCUGUACACGCAGAACCUCGCGCUCGACGUCCCCGCGAACGUGACCGUCACGCGUCCCGGCUGCCGCCCCCAGUUCUGGGUGUGGAUCAACCCGGGCGUGUCAGGCUCGAUCCCGAACCCGCACGCGCGCAAGCAGCUGUUCGACACGCUCGCGGCCAACCCUUGGAGCUCGCCCUUCCUGCACUCGCGCUUCAGCGAGGUCAUCAAGUUCAAGCUGUGGAACACGACCGAGCGGCUCGACGCGCUACCGGAGCUGGACGGCUGGCGGAAGCACCCGGUGCUCGGCAAGCUCGUCGUCAAGCCCAAAGUCGCGCAGGCCGCCGCGUCCGAGGUCGGCGAGGGGAUGACGAACCCGGGCAUGGCUCCCGCCGAGAUCGACACGGAGGGCCUCGCGCCGACGGACCCGAUGGUCGAACUGAAACAGGCCGACGCGGCGCAGGUCGUCAUGUCCGACCUCGCGCGCUUCCUCGUCACGCACGCCUUCGGCGGGAUCUACCUCGACGUCGACAACGUGCUCCUCCGCGACUGGGAGGAGCUCUGGGGCUGGAAGGGCGCGUUCGCGAUGCGGUGGUCCGUGCACGAGUGGUACAACACCGCGAUCUUGCGGAUGCACCAGAACUCGGCGCUGGGCUCGUUCCUGCUCAAGACCGCGAUGGCGAACAAGGGCGACAUCCCGUUCCAUCCCUUCACGAUCACGCAGUACGUCCACGACGCGCACAUGAAGCCGCUCCUGUACCGGAUACCGGACGCGCUCUUCGACCCGGACUUUUUGAACAUGGAGGGAAAGCAGCGGGACCGGCCGCCCUUCCCGUAUUACAGUUGGGACAGCAAGUUCGAGGAGUUCUUCGACACGCCGGCCAGGAGCGGCGGCGAGGCGAGCGCCGCGUCGUUCGACGCGUUCUACCGGGGCGCGUACGCCUACCACUGGCACAACAACUGGUACAAACCCGUCGACAAGGGGCGGAACUGGCCCGACCUAGGCGAGCGCUUCGCCCGCGGUGAGAAGCUCGCCCGCGAGCGGCUGGCAGCGCAGGCGGGAGGGAAGAAGAAGACUCCCGUCGCCGGCGGACUCGCGACGGUCCCCGUGCCCGCGCCUGCGGAGGUCGUGCUGCCCCAGGACUCGGUGCUAGACGACGAACGAGAUCUUUCGUGGUCCGCGGUGCUCAAACGUACCUUCGAGUCGUACAUCCGGGGGGAGCGGCCCAACAUGUACGGGGAGUGGAUAUCAUGGGACUGA